AUGGUGCAAUAUAAACCUAAAGGAGCUGAAACAGAGUCACCAGCUUCACAAGGUUUUACAAUGUUAAAUUUCAAUCCUGAUUAUCCCGAAUGGACAAAAAGAUAUGAUUCACCAGAAAUUUGCGAUUUACAACGAUCUGGUAUUGGCAAAGUUCCAUGUUUAAGUUACUUUGAAGCAGAUGAUACACCUGUUAAAACAAUCACAGCACGCGCUGCUGUAGGUAGCUUUGAUACUGACGAAUAUAUAAGGACAGUUUAUUUGUCAUUUACAUUUGGUAUUCCAUCACAAGUUGAACCUCUGUUCAAUUUACCUGAUAAAUGGCCUUCUUAUUGUGGUUAUGCGAAUGCUGGCUUUACUAUCGAUAAUUUACAUGGAUAUGUAGUAACUCCAGAUGGUGGAGAUCAUUUUAUGCUGAAACUAAAUGGACAACCAGUUCAUUCAUUAGGAGAUCAAGUUACAGUUCAUUUUAAAGUACAACCAAAUUGGUAUUACAAUGGUACUCGAUGUGCUGAAUUCAAUAGCAUUAUUUUUGACCGAGAAAAUUGGCAAGAGCCAAAACAAGUUGAUAUGUCGUUUGGUGAUUACGGAUGCUGUUCAUACGCACUCACAGCAGCCGGUGGUGGAUACGAGUGGCAAUAUUCUACAUCAACAUUUGCUGUUUAUGCAUGUGACGGACAAGCCGGUUAUGGUUGUACCGACAAAGAACCAUGUGGAGGUUAA